CAUACUACACCCACCUUCAGUCACUUGGGGAGAUUAUCGAUCGUCAAACAAGUCUCUUUUCUUUAUUCCAAUCCUCACAUCAUAUUCCUCCAUUUGCAGCUAUGGCUUGAUUCACAUCUGUCAGCACAGAGUCACCCUCUAACCGUGGGCAUCUUGUCGAUGGUCCGCUUCAUAAGCCACCAUGGCCAUGGAGCGCACCCGUAUUGCAAAGGUUGAAGAUGUUACCCUGUCUCGUCGCGGUGAUCAAGUGGCUGGUACUCUGCACCUGACGCCUCACCAUCUCAUCUUUGUCCAUACCCCUCCCCCUCCGACCAACACCACCGCACCCACCACCAAACCUCCUCGUCCCCGAGAACUUUGGAUCACCUACCCCAUCAUACAAACAUGUACUCUUCGUAUUAGCCCCUCUGCCUCUAGACAACCCAGCUCCAUCCGAUUACGCUGUCGAGAUUUCACCUUUGCGUGUUUCUAUCUUCACGAUGACCGGAAAGCCAGGGAUGUCUAUGACAGCAUCCGUGCCUGGACCUGCAAAUUGAGCGGCAUAGACAAAUUGUAUGCUUUUAGCUAUCAAUCCCAGGGUCCAGAGAAAGAUGUCUCACCCAGCGGCUGGUCAAUUUAUACCCCUGAAGCCGAGUUCAAGAGGAUGGGCGUGGGGGACCUGAGCCGAAGGCAGCAGUGGAGAGUUUCCAGGUUAAAUCACGAUUAUACGUUCUCCCCGACUUAUCCAUCUACCAUGGUGGUCCCUUCUGCCAUCUCUGACAACACCCUCAAUUACGCAGCUCGAUACAGAUCCCGGGCGAGAAUCCCUGUUCUCACUUACCUCCAUCCUGUCAACGAUUGCUCCAUUACGCGUUGUUCCCAGCCUUUGGUCGGUGUCCGGGGAAACCGAAGUAUCCAAGAUGAAAAGUUACUCGCCGCCAUCUUCAACACCACCCGAUCCGAGAGACCCCUCUCCGCCUACAGCUCUCCAGUCCCCGAACGCGAAGAUUCUGGCUCGGUCAGGGAUGCUCUCGACCCCGGUUGUGCCACCAAUUUGGAUGGUGAUCUUCAGCACACAGACGCCGAGGCUCUGGAGGAUGCGGUUAUCGCUCGCUUAAGAGGUGAUGAAGAGUCCAGCACCGACUCUGACGACAAGAAAUCUCUCGUCUACGGAGCCCAGCAAAGGAACAUGAUCAUCGACGCACGUCCUACGGUCAAUGCUCUAGCUAUGCAGGCUGUGGGGGCCGGUUCUGAAGACAUGAACAACUACAAGUUUGCUACCAAGGCCUACCUCGGAAUCGACAACAUCCAUGUCAUGCGUGAUAGCCUGCAAAAGGUGGUUGAUGCUCUCAAGGACUCGGAUCUUACUCCACUGGGCCCCAACCGUGAAUUGCUUCAAAAGAGUAAUUGGUUGAGACACAUUGCCACGGUUCUGGAUGGCGUGAGUUUGAUCGCGAGACAGGUCGGGCUGCAGCACAGCCAUGUUUUGAUUCAUUGCAGUGACGGCUGGGACAGGACCAGUCAACUGUCAGCCUUGAGCCAGAUAUGUCUGGACCCGUACUAUCGGACUAUUCAAGGAUUCAUCGUCCUGGUGGAGAAGGAUUGGUUGAGUUUCGGGCACAUGUUCAAACAUCGAUCUGGAUUCCUGAGCUCGGAGAAAUGGUUCCAGAUCGAAAAUGAGAGGAUCAGUCGUAACACGGACGAUGCGGAGGGGCGGGAUCCCACCGCCAACAAUGCCAUUAGCGGCGCUCAGAAAAGCCUCGAGAACGCCUUCCUCAGCGCCAAGGGAUUCUUUUCCAAUAGCAAGCACAACGAUUCGAGGGAGUCGAUUGUCGAUUCUGACGCGGAUACCGGUGGUAACUAUGAUUCCGAGUCUCAGCAAGGUCGCCGAAUCGUGACAGGGAAUUCCAAAAAGGAAAAGGAGAAGCUGAUCACCAAGGUCAAGGAAACAGCUCCGAUCUUCCAUCAAUUCCUCGAUGCAACCUAUCAGUUGAUGUAUCAACACCCGACGAGGUUUGAGUUUACAGAAAGAUUUCUUCGACGUCUGCUGUACCACCUUUAUUCGUGUCAGUAUGGCACCUUUUUGCUGGACAGUGAGCGGGAACGAAGAGACGCACGUCUCAAUGAACGUACGAAGAGCGUGUGGGACUAUUUUCUUGCUCGACAGAAGGAGUUUGUCAACCCCAAAUAUGACCCUGUCAUCGACGACAACGUGCGAGGAAGAGAGAGGCUGAUCUUUCCGCGCACGGAUGAGGUGAGAUGGUGGAAUGAACUAUUCGGCCGGACUGACGAUGAAAUGAACGGCAGACCGACGCAUAAACAUGCCGCAAAUGGUGCCGGUGAUGGAGACACAGAUGUGUGGACUUCUGUGGGGACGCAAUCUGCCUCCACAUCCGCGCCCAUGUCUCGAUCGAGGACGCCGGUGUUGGUUGCCGUCGAGAACAGCGAGACUAGCAUCGGAUUGACUGCUUCCCCGGGGAAACACGCGCCCGUGGCAAGGAGCAAAAGCCCCCUCCCCUUGCGUGACUCUCUCGCGUCUACCACCUACCACCCGGAUGAACCAGUGUCCUCUCAGCAGGCAGCAAAUGUUCCAAGUGCUGAGCCGCCAUCCUUUACACAACCGAGUUUCACGUCGAGCCGGAGCAAGGAAGAGGAAUCAGUCGGAGCCACCUUAGCGGAGCCUUCCCCCGGGGUGGAUGACACUGCAGAAACCCCAUCAAGAGUAUUGGAUGUUGAAGCGACGACCGAAAAUGAACAGGUCGCGGUGGAUGCUCUAGCAGAUGACCUUGACCCUCUAGGAAUCGGAGACGUCAAAGAUCAUGUUUCACAGUCCAAACGUGCACAGACAGCACAAGAACGGCGAAAGGAGCAGAUGGAAUUACUGAUGAAGUAGUGCUCAUCCUGGAUCAGGAGCAGAGGCUCCAAGAGCGAGACCAAUGAGCAACGUGACCACGACCGAGUUCAAGGCGAUUCCUGAUAUAGAUUUGUUGAAUUGUUUCUCAAGGCCAGCCAGGGUGCGGGAAAUACCCGAGUACUUUGUAACUCUGCUUAUCAGAAACUUGACGCAUCAAUAUCUCGCACGAAUACACUCAUGUGUUCUACGCAGACAUGCUUGAUGAUCUCAACUGAGGUACUCUCAGUAUCGUAG